AGCAUAUAGCGGUCGGUACGACUUGCUUGGUCUCGGGCGCGAAGCUGGAUGGGGGAUGGAAACACAACAUUCCAACAAAAGUCUCACAAAACAAAGUCCUAAUUUAGACAGAGCAAAAGGUGGAAGAAGUGCUCAGUAUUUUUCGGUCCCAGUUCUGUUUCAUACAGAGUCGGCUAAGUCAUGCAGAUGCAGGAGUUGUGGUAGGCAGAGUCACCCACCCGUGUGGUUAAUAAUUCCCACCCCUUCGCGCACAAGUCGCGUAUGCCCGCCUUACCUUCAUGAAAAUCUCCACGGCGCCUUUCGCUAUGUCCAGCAACGUAGUACCCAGCAAGCUGCGGUUUUCCUUCCUCAAGCAGAACCGGUUCCGGCUCCUGAUCUGCGAGGGCUAUCGCUACUCCCGCUACAUGGUGGUCUACAACAAGGAAUACUGGCGCUGCACCGACCGCACCUGUAAGGGCAAGCUGCACCUGAGCGGCGGGCGCAUCGUCUACGUCAAGAAGAAUGGCCACAACCAUGGCCCCGACCACAAGGGCGCCUCCGCGGACCAGGCGCUGAUGACCAUGCGCAAGCGGGUCCACAACAAUCCGGCCACGCCCUUCCAGCAGCUCUACGAGGAGACGGUGAGCGAGAUGGAGGCACUGGGCCACGGGCCCCUGCGGCAGCUGCUGCCGUACGCCGACUGCUGCUGGAAGGUGUUGGGUCAGGAGCAAGGCACCAGUGGGGCAAGGCCAGGCGGGGCCGAGGGCCGUGGCAGCGCUGGCUCUGUGCGGUCGAAGGAUCAGGCCAGCAGGAACCACUGCGCUGGGGCACCGGCUGAGAGCAACAGCAGGCCUGACGCUGUGGAUGAGGUGCUGGUUGAGAGCGAGGCAGAUGAGCCAAAAUCUGAGGUUUGUGAACUGGAAGUCAUUGAUUGCACAGACAUGACAGCUGAAGCAUCUUUGGCAUCACCGGUGAGCACCUCCGUUACCAUAGCAACAGGCUCCCUCAAUAAAAUGAUACCUGCGUCACACUCAACCCUUGCCAGAAGUGGGAGAGCCCAUUCCAGCCAUUUGCCAGUGCAGAGCGACAUUGGCAGAGCAGGCACCACCACUGUAACUCCAGGUGGGUCCCAGGUGGGUCCCAGCACCGCUCAGGGUUUGAAGAUACACAGCACGUACUCGCUGCAGCCCCUGUCCGUUCAGGCAAACCUGACCACAAAUCAAGAUACAUCGCAAGGCAUCGUGGGUACUCCUGUCAGCAACAUUGACUUGAACCAGCACACAACUGACAAUGUCUUUGAAGCUCUUACUGAGGACAGCGGACAAAAUACAGUAAAUCACCCCCGAGCGACAUAUGUAAAAACUGCACCGUCCUCUGCUAGCUUGCUGCAAGUUAACUCCAACAUUUCCAAGGUGCUGGUAACGCAACACACCGUACCUAACCACAAUGCCGUGCAAUCGGUCCGCUCUACGUCUGCACACAACCAGGGAAGCCGUUUAUUGCGACAGCAAGGAGGGGGCAUAAUCAGAAAUACCACGCCACGGGUCACCGCGGCCCGCAUGCCGAAUCGGGCCGCUGCCCUGCUGGACAGGCCUGUGUCAGUCCAUUCGCCUGCCGAACCCACGUUGCCGCCCACGGACCCACAACCGCAGGCAUACACGCAACUGCAGAUGCGCCUGGCCAGGAAGGAGCACCAGCUGCGACUGCAGCACAUGAAGGAGCGUCACAAUGCCGAGAUGGUACUGGUGCACUUGCAACAGGAAUUGGUCCGAGAGCAGCUGAGGGAACUGCGGCAGCCGGCAGGUGGCCUGAACAGCUAACGGCAUUCGCAGCACUCUCCAGCACAUCAGUACGUCAUAGUGUCUCCAUUUCUUCAGUGAUGAAGAUCAUACCUUGCCAGUGGAUGACGCUGCCAGAUGGCACGGGCAGCGAACAGCACUCACAGUAACUUCAGUAGUUGCUUAACUGCAAAUGGGGAAUUGGUACAUCCCCCCCCGGUGCCACCAAUUUCAAAUGUCAAAAUGCCUGCAACCAACUCCUAUCCGCUCGGAGAAGGAACAAAAGAGGGUGUGUUUUGAAAUGAAAUUGACAGUCGCCGCAUAGGUGCGCAAGUUUAUGCAUGUUUGACACGGAGCACGCCGAUUACGCACAACGAAUUUAGUCUGGAAUGUACACUUUGCGUGCACGCUGAACGCGCGCAAGAACCUGGUUGGAAAACUUAGUAUCGUCCGACUUUCUUUCGACGGUGAGGGCGCACUGUAGCUCAGGGUGGGUACAAGCCACAGCUCAUUUGCCUUGAAAGCCUUCUUGAACAAAUGUGUUUCCCAAGGAGCCCACUUAGAAAUCUUAUCCAAUCAGGCAAGAGGAACUUCAGUCGUUCAGUUCAUCCUUUUGGUCUUGUUACUAACGCUAGCCAGAGGGUGACGUGUUAUUUCCUGGACAAGACCCAAAGAAAAUAUUCGCAGGGAAAAAAAACCUCGGCCAAAUAUAUGUGAAUUGAAUCGUAUCUGUCAACCAGGGUUUUUGUGAUUCUUUUCCGACGUGAAGCAGCCCCACCACGGCAAAGGAGGGACAGGCACACAGUGUGUAUGCAGAGACCGUACAUUGGACAGGAAAGAAGUCACAUGUGUUGAGCACGUCCUGCAACAGACGGGCAUGCACCUGUGGUGUUUUCCCCCAAAGGGAGAUCACUCGUAUCUCUUGUUCCUGAAGGUCAUGCUUGCCGCUUCAAAUUUGAAGUCCUCAAAAUUCACUCUUGCUGUAUCGUGUGGCAAGAUUUGAAUAGACCUCCAACACUAUGAUGCCGCACUUUGUUUACGUGCGCACCAUCCUGAGGUAGUGAGGUGGGAGCGAUCCACCAAGCCUCCAUACAAGAGCUCACAUGCAAACGAAAUGUGACGUUAUGAUUUACGUUUUAUCACCAGAGCCGACCUUAGAUAACUUCCAUGAGAAUCCAACAGUGACAGGUAAUGACACCUUCAAGCACAUCAAUUUCACCAUCGCUCAAAUAUCAUAUAUUAAUUUGAGAUCUUUAUUUUUGCUUCACUGUACAGUGGUUACAGUAUAUUCAAACAACUUCGCUAUUUACAAACCUAAUUGGAUGUAACAGUGAACAGUGUAACAUUUAUACAAACCUCACAUGAUGCACGCAACAGAAGUAUUUAACCAUGUCAGGCAUGCAACUUGGACUUUAACCCCCCAAAACGAGGAAAUUCCAAUCUUUACAAGAUUUUGUAGAGUGUUUUU